AUGGAUCAUGUAGCACGAGAUCUUUCGAGCGACACAGAAUCCUCUUCCGAAGCAUUUAUCGCAACUCUAUUACAUGACAAACCAGAGCAUAAGCACUUGGAUGUGUUGACUGAGCUUUUGACACGGAGUUCCGAAAUCAAUGAGCGCGUUGCUUCAUCUAUCAGCGCCGCUUGGCACUGGAUAUGCGAGAAUGAUCUUUGGUCUACGAGGUACGAGAGCCUUAGCGAGUACCGGAAGGCCAUCGGAUAUACGGAAACUGUACGACCGAUUGUACAGCGACAAAAGAAAUCAGAGCGAGCGAAACGAUCAAGUAUCCAAACGAUCUUUCGCUACUGGAAUGUUCCCUAUGACAAGGCUCUUCCGAUAAAUACUCGCCCAUUAACUUGGAGCAAACAUUUGCUUUCAUUGAUAGCCUGUUUGAGCAAGCACAGGGGUCAUCUGGACUCUGUCUCACUUCUCGAAGACAGCAUGAAACACAGACCAGAACGUGGACGCACUACGAAUCGACUCAUGGCAAGUGAUGUUCAGCGGGCAUUAGAGAGUCUGGGGAUACCACAGACACGCUCAGCAACACGGGAAUCCAAAAAUUCCCGAAUCUCCUCAAGCUCGGCUCGGCACAAAGGCACCGAUGGUGUCGCUCAGGCUGGCUCCUCAUCUUCCACCAUCCAUUCAGAAGUAUCGUCCCUCCCCAACACACCGCUCUCGUUGGGAGUCUCGCCUACACAAGGGUCACGAACAAGCGAAGAGGCAAACGAAUGGCUGUGCUGUGGAUGUAUUCCAAUAUGCUUGCCACUGAUUGCCCUAAUCUCGCCUCCUGAAGCGAGGCUCGGAAAGAGGCUUCUGGCGGCAUUGGUGGACUGGGCACAUACAAUAUCGUGGGGUAGCUUUUGCUCCGACCACCUGAUGCGACUUGCCCAGUUUAUUCUGGGAGACGAUCCCUGUGAUAGAACUAGGACUGAAGUAAUUCAGAGUCUGGAGGCCCUCCGUUCGCGUGAAUGCCAUAGUUCCAUCUGCGAUCACCCAUCUAUCUCUGGUCCCAACCUUUGCUCAAAUACGGAGCUGCUUUCUCGUUAUACGGGGUCUGCCGAUGCCUGGUGGCGUUGGCAAAGAGAUGGAUUUCUCCAUAUUCCUGGUUUCUUUUCCUACAUGGAAGAGCUUGGCGUGUUCAAACGGGUCAGAAAGUACCUCAACAGAAGCGGCAUUAAAGAAGACGAUUCCACGCUCGGCCAAAACAUGAUUCAGCGAUGCUACAGGAUGCUAUCUCAAAUGGUACAACGGGAUCCAGCGUAUUAUGCUGUUCUCGUCGCAUGCAGACCGGACCGAAAUUCGAAACUCAUUCAUCGCCCGGCCCAAUAUCAACAACGCACUGGUUUCCAAAACGACGAUGUAGGAUUCGGCGUCCCAGUCGACCGUAUUAAGUCAAUGGUUCAAGGAGAAGACACAAGCGACAUCCAGAGUACUGUCAUCUUCCCGACAUGUGAGACCACACAAAAAAUCCGACUGGUCCCAGGGUUCCAUCGCCAAUUGAAAUGGCUGCAGAGCUCAUUGGAAUUGAAGUACGGAAAUGGAUACAAAGUAUUUGGUGAAGCUCAAGAGAUUGUGCUACAGCCAGGGGAUUUAGUCAUUUGUCUUCCGCAAAUUCUCCGAUGGCCAAAGACCUUUUCCUCCUCAAACUUUCUCAAUCUAUCGCAGAUUGGGCUGGACAACGGCUUCACCGCAACCCUUGAAGAGCCAAGUGAGAGGUACGAUGCGGAUAGUUCCAAGGCCUGGGAGCAGCCAGAGCCACAGUUUCACGAUGCCGGACAAACAAUGCACAAAUAUCAGGCGGUAAAAGUGGGCCUUACUGAAGACAGUUCAUGUGGUGUUUCCAGCGCAAUAGGCCAUGCAUUGGCUGGCCGUCUGGAUUGGGAUACCGACAGUGUGAGGGAAGAAAUGAAUUGCAUUCUUGAUUCACAUGGAGCGACAGCGGUCGAAUUUGUCGCGAAGUCACGAGCCCAUUUGGCCAGACAGUUCCACAAGUUAUGUAAUUCAAUUGAGCGAGACUCAGAGCAGGACUCUGCUUGCGGAAUGGAUAGGUGCAAGGAACGACACUACGAACCAGAAUUUUUCCAAGGAGAACUUGAAUACCUUGAGACUCCGAAGUCAUUUAUCGAUCCUUUAGCGUUGAUGUCACCUACGUGGAACAAUCCCUCACUGGAUGAUAUUGUAGCGCAGUUGGAUCAUACUUUCCCUCAACAGCCUAUGUCUUUCAAUUUGCCUUAA